AUGGAUGCCAAGGUUCUGAGCCAUACAAUCGUCACUACCUCUAGUCCUUCCAAGAGUUAUGUGCCGUCUCAACGGUACUGCACAGCGCCAAAUGUAGAAAUUGGAGAGUCGAAGACGAACCUGAUUAUCAACUAUUUGCCGCAGAACAUGACCCAGGAAGAGGUGCGAUCGUUGUUCUCGAGUGUGGGCGAAAUUGAAUCGUGUAAACUCGUCCGCGAUAAAAUGACAGAGUUCCUUCUGUAUUUCAUUGGGCGUAAAAGUUCCCUGGAUUCCGUUCAUAAAAUGCCGAAGAGAGAUGAGUUGAUUGAAAACUGGUAG